CGAAGGGGCUUCACGGGGUCGCUGAGUCUGCUCAGACAUGUUGUAAACAACAUUAAAAAACUAUUCUUAUACUUUUUUUAUUUUUAUAUUUGUUCUAUCCUGUAAAAAAGCCUCCGCGGCGUCACGAUGUGGAGACCCUCCGGUGGGUCAAGCGGCACCUUCAGCUCCGCCGCCGCCGCCGCCGCCGCGGUCACCUGUCUGCUCGUGACCGGGACGCUGGUCGUCACCGUCGGGCACCCGAGCGGCGGAGAGCCGCCGGCGGAGCCUCCAGCGAGCGGGAAAGCGUUCUCGGCGUACUUCAGGAAACUCACCCGGGAGAGGCGCGCGAUGAGCGGCCCGCGGAGGAGCAGCGCUCCCGCCGGGCCGGUGGAGCGCCUCUCCCCGGAGGACCUGUUCAUCGCGGUGAAAAGCACCGGGAAGUAUCACCGGCAGAGGCUGGAUCUCCUGCUGGACACCUGGAUCUCCAGAAACAUGCAACAGACGUUCGUGUUCACUGACGGAGAGGACGAGAAGCUGAGGAAGAGGAUGGGAGCUCACCUGAUCAACACCAACUGCUCCGCGGCGCACAGCCGCCAGGCCCUCUCCUGCAAAAUGGCUCAGGAGUACGACACCUUUAUGAAGUCAGGCAGGAAGUGGUUCUGCCACGUGGACGACGACAACUACGUGAACGUGGGCUCGCUGCUGCGGCUGCUGUCUCAGCACGCGCACACACACGACGUCUACAUCGGCCGGCCCAGCCUGGAGCGCCCCAUCGAGGCCACGCAGCGGCUCGGCGCCACGCACACGGUACGCGGGUUACCAUGGAGACGGCCAUGUGGAGAUGUAAUGUGCGGGCGUGUGUGCUUCUGUGUGAGUCGUGGUCUCGCUCUCAGGAUGAAGCCCUGGGCGAGCGAUGGCGCCUUCAUGGCGACGGCCGAGCUCAUCCGCCUCCCGGACGACUGCACCGUCGGCUACAUCGCGGAGGCGCUGCUGGGCGUGAGCCUCAUCCGCUCGCCGCUGUUCCACUCCCACCUGGAGAACCUGGGACUGGUGUCAGACAUACACAACCAGGUGACCCUCAGCUACGGCUCAGUGGAGAGCAGCAGAAACACCGUCACCCUGAAGGGGCCCUUCUCCAUCCAACAGGAUCCCACCAGGCUCAGGUCGCUCCAUUGUCUGCUGCACCCAGACGCCGCUCGCUGCCCCCGGCCGCCGUAACCAGGGGCCCACAGGGCGGAGGAGCGGAGCAGGGCGAGGGCCCCGAGCGCCCGGCUUCACUCGGCGCUCCCCCGACGGAGGAGGAGGAAGUCCCCGCAGACGUCCAGGGUGGGAAGAGAAGGCGUCUCGCCGCUGCCCUCGAGAGCCCGCCGCCAUGUUUCAGGGUGGAAGACUGACUCUUUUUAUGCGUGUCGCUUUGACACCUGAACUACCCCCCCCCCCACCCCCCUGUGAAGUGUCGAUGGGUGUCAAAAAGGCCAAACACUGGAGGAGGAGGAGGAGGAGGAGGAGGAGGAGGAGGAAGAGGAGGAGUUAGAGUAGGAGGAAAAGGAAGAAGAGAAGAAGGAGGAAGAGGAAUAGGAAGGAGGAGGAAGAAAAAGAAGGAGGAGGAAGAGGAGGAGGAGUUGGAGUAGGAGGAAAAGGAAGAAGAGAAGGAGGAAGAAGAAGAAGAGGAAGAAGUGGAGGAGGGAGGAGGAAUAGGAAGGAGGAGGAAGAAAAAGAAGGAGGAGGAAGAGGAGGAGUUGGAGUAGGAGGAAAAGGAAGAAGAGAAGGAGGAGGAAGAAGAAGAAGAGGAGGAGGGAGGAGGAAUAGGAAGGAGGAGGAGGAAGAAAAAGAAGGAGGAGGAAGAGGAGGAGUUGGAGUAGGAGGAAAAGGAAGAAGAGAAGGAGGAGGAAGAAGAGGAGGAGUUGGAGGAGGAGGAAGAGGAAAAAGAAGAGAAGAAGAGGAGGAGGACACUUUGCAAGUGUGCACACAUGACAGUCUCCUCCGAGUGGUGGAGGUCAAAGUUGAACCUGGAGGUCGUCCGUUUCUUGUUUUCCCUCCAGAUAUCUUUAAGCUGCAGAUCUUGAGAGACGACGUCAUGAAUGACAUCAUGAAUGACGUCAUGAAUGAUGUCAUGAAUGACGUCAUGACUGAGGAGAGUCUCCUGAUCGUGUGUGAGCGGUCACCGCGCGCGGCGCCGCGUUACGGCGAAGACACGAAGGAGAAAAUCAGCAAUUAUUUCACGUGAAGUUUAUUGUCUCGUCGGCGCUCAGUAUUAUGUCUCUGACGGCGCCAUGCGGAGCACUUCUUCCUUUUGCUCUGUGCAACAAGGAUAGAUGUUUAUAAUCGUUUCCUCCACCCGUGAGCGCGGUGUCAAAUCGUUUCAUCUAACUCUUAAAUAAGAGUCUUACUCAAAAUGAACUCUCCUCUUUUGUUUUGCUCUGAGCUCAUCCUCAUGUUACACGUGCUUCUUUUUAAAAAGCCGUCGUCGUGUUCGAGUGACUCAUGUUGGGUCGUCUUCUAUCCCUGAGCGACGGUCGUGAAGUGGAACUCUGUCCCUCGUUUCGAUGAAGCGGUGCUUCUGACGCGCUCGCUCCAGUAUCUGGACUCCAUGAAGGCCUGUGAUCAAAAAUAAAUUUUAAAAAAACGUUCACAAAAACUGUCUGUGUGAUUGAGAGUCAGGAAUUUGAAAAUGGGGCUGUAAUGGACACCGCCUCCUCCGCCUUUGACCUCCGACCUUGUUUAUGAGUCGACGGGUUCCUGUCUGGAGACCCCCCCCCUCCUCACAACAACAGCCGUCCUCCUAUCUGAUCGGCCAGGCACAAGGCCCUGGAGAGAUAAAGGCUGAACCAAAACAAACGUUUGUGUGUGUGCGCGCGCACCACGGGGAGUUAAGACAAACAGUAGCGUUUCUGCGAGGUCACCCUAAAAGGUGUAACCUGCUCUUGAGUGACCCCUGCUGGCCGCAUGUGUUACUGCAGCGCGCGGUACAUAGUUGUGUUUAUUGUUGUAACUCGCCAGACUUACAACCCAUCGAUAACGAGUGCGUUGUCUUCGGUGAGACAUCUUGGUUUAUGUAUUGUAUAUCUUAUGAUAAUAUGAAAAUAAAUUUGUUAUUAACAGGUGGAAAGUGCAUCAUCCGACCUGUAGAGCCAAUGUCCCAAUACACAUUUCCAUUUAAUAACCCGUUGUUUACUUUCCGUUGGCUUUAAUGCUUAUAAAUGAAAUACAGGAGCAACGUGAAGCACACGGAAAUGAAUCAUCAAAAAUAAAAUUAUGAAAGCUGAAUCAAUACGGUAUGAAAGUGUGUUUUCAAGUCAUUUCAGUCUGCUUUCAUUUCAUUAAAUAAUCUAUCAGGUGAA